AUGAUCGUCGCCAAACUCACAGUGGCGGACCUCAAGACGCAGCUCAAGGCGCGUGGCCUCGAACAGACGGGUCUCAAAGCCGAGCUGAUCGCACGGCUGCAGGCGGCGCUCGACGCCGAGGCAGCGGCGGGCGCGGCAGGACGGGCCGACGCCGUGAAUGACGAUGGCGGUGGAGACAACAACUUGAGGGAGCAGUCAAAGGCCGAGGGGGAGCAUGCAGAGCCUGAGAGUAAUGUAGAGGCGAUGGAGCAUGAGCAGCAGCAGCAGCAGCAGCAACAGCAGCAGCAGCAGGGAGAUGGGGGGCAGCAUGCGGAGCAGCCCGCCGCAAGCGAAGAGGGCGCACCCGCGCAGGCGGGCGGCGCCGAGGUGGGCGAGCAGCAGGCGCAGGGGCAGCAGGACGGCGGCGACCGCGUGCCUGCUGAACCAGCAACGGCGGCGGCAGCCAAGGCGACGGGGACGGCAGGCGACGGCGGCGCCGAGGCAGCCGCACAGCGCGCGCGCGAGGCCGCUGCGCGGGAGCGCGAGGUGCAGCGCCUGGCCUGGAGGGAGCGGGACCGCUCCCCACGGCCGCGCGCGCCGCCGCCGCGCGCGGAGCUGCCCAGCCCGGCGCCGGCGCCGGGGCGGCUCGCGCGUGCGGCGGAGUGGCAGCGGAUGGAAGUGCCGCGGGCCUGGGUCCCGCAGCCGCUGCUGAAGGCCAGCCCUAUUCCAGACGACGCGACGCCAGAGGAGAUCAAGACUGCCCUCUCGGCCGCCGGCCUGCCCAUCUCCCGCGUCGACCUCGACCCGCCCUCAGCCGACACGCCCACCGCUGCCGCGCCGGCGUCCAAGGCGGCCGCGCAGCCGCCGCCCCCGCCGCCGCGGCGCGCGGCAACGCGGUAG